AUGUUUUCGUGGAGUCGUUUCCGCAUUCGGCGAGCGAUAUUCGCCGUGUCAUGUGAACGCGAACCUUCGGGGUGGUGUUUCAAAGCCCCGACAGGGAGUCUUCAUCGAGGCCCAGAGGAGUCCGCUGCCGCCCCCAGAAGCUCCUUCCAGCAGGCGCUCCCGGAAGGCUCGCGUCCGCGGCGGUCAGCCAUGGCGGACGAGGAGCGGUCACCGCUACUGUCCGAGCAGCAGUACGGGAGCAACGGCUUCUUCCCGCAGGGAGGCUCGGGUGGAUAUCCCCAAAGUAUUGUGCCCUUUCCCAGCUUUGUGGCGCCCAAUGAAGCUCCGCCUCCGUACUCGCCCCAGGGCAGCCCGGACAGCAGCAGCGCGCCGAUCAUCAGCUGCCGGGUCUGUCAGAGCGCCAUCUCUGUGGAGGGCAAGACGCAUCAGCAUGUGGUGAAGUGCAGCAUCUGCAACGAAGCUACGCCGAUAAAGAACGCCCCCGUUGGAAAGAAGUACGUCCGCUGUCCGUGUAACUGCCUGCUGAUCUGUAAAGUCACGUCGCAGAGGAUCGCCUGUCCGAGGCCGUACUGUAAACGCAUCAUCAACCUGGGACCGGUCCACAUCGGCAGUGACAGUCCAGAACCGCAGCACCAACCGGUCGGGCUCAGGGUCAUCUGUGGGCAUUGCUCCAACACAUUCCUGUGGACAGAGAUUUCUGACCGGACUUUGGCCCGAUGUCCGCACUGCCGGAAAGUUUCUUCAGUCGGCCGGCGGUACCCGAGGAGGAGAAGCUGGCUGUGCUUCCUGCUCUUUGUUGUGUUGGCAGCAUCCACCACCGGACUUCUGGUUGGUACAUGGAAGCCCGCCCGGCAAUCUAAAGGCAUCUACGCGUCGUGGGUGCUGCUGAUCCUGGUCUCUCUGUUCGCCUUGAUAAGAACCAUUUACUGGAGGUGUCUGAAGAUCAGCGACCCUAUAUCCAACAUCACAUAGAGAGACAGGCAGGAGCUGAAACGGAGGAGAUCAAGUAGAUGAUGAGAACCCAAGAAAACUGGUAAACGAUCAAAAAUCAUACAGAGAAGGAAAAUUUAACUUACCGGUAAUCUUUUUUUUUUUUUUUCUUUCUUGUGGCUAUACUUGAUUUGAAGAAACGAAAGAGCUGCUAGUUGUCCAAAAACAAUACAGAGAUCUUGUCGAGCAAUUUUUUUUUUUCUGUCAUCAUUAAGUUCAAAAAGUAAAGUAAGAGGAUUCUGAGCUGCAAAGCAGGACCAGCACCUGAGCAAGGUGACCUCAGGUGUCGUAGAGCUUCUUACGGUCGCAGAUUCUCUUUUCAUCAACACAUCUUCGUUGGCCAACCUUUCAGUUCCACAUACAUGCACACAUUGGGACCAAAGCGGCUCCAGUGCUAGAAACCACAACAAAAAGUGACGUUUCUCUUUGUUUUCUCACAGCCGGACCUCCAGGCCAGAGCAUUGUCCUCGUUUAUAUUGAAAUAUAUACGUUUGAUUCUCCCUCUGAUGCGUUUCUUUGUGAGAUCACAACGCAGGGAGACUGUUUUUUUUUUUUUUUACACAGGUCACAGUAUUCAUCUCCGUAUCCUCCCACCUGACAGAUGUCUUAACAUCACAAAACGGAUCUAUAAAGACAGUUUUAAACAAUAGUUGUAAUUGUAAAUGUACCUGGCAGUUCCAGCCAGCAUCUUCACCCUCUGGCUACUAUUUAAAACCUAUGAGGACCAGACGGUGAUACGAAAAGAGCCAGCGGCAUUUAGAAAGUCACGGUUUAUAGAUUUAGCCGAAUUAUAGCUCGUUAUAUUGCCCGUCACAGGCGAUAUAACUGUAUUUCAGUGCCGUCACAUCUGUUUAACGCUAGUGUUACAUUUUCCUGUUCGUGUUUGGCCUAAAUGAAAAAGAUAAGACGUGGAAGCAACUCGGGAGUUUUAAUCGUGGUGCUCAGAAGCUUUUCGUUGUCCUUUGGUCCCAAAGAGCCCGUCUCCAGCUCCUCCUCCUCCUUCGUUUGGCCCAGCCCAGCGCCGGUUCUGAAGUUGAACCCUUAUGGCAUUGGAAACGGAGAGGGCUUUGAAGUGUUUUAAUUUGUGUAUAGGGGGGGGGGCGAAACUGCUAAAUAAUGUAAAAAUGUUCUUUCCUGAAUUUUUCUUAGCUUACGGUGCUGUUAAAAUGGCAAAGUACGACUGCUUAUAUCUUCUAAAAUGAUUUUAAAACCAAUAAAACAACACUUUUUCAUGCUUUGCACCUCCAGUGAAGUCAAAUCGUUUUUUCAGGCAUUCACAGGGACGUUGAUCUUAAAAGACUUAAACACUUCUGUCGGCCGGUUAAUCCAUAGCAGAGUUUUGACCGUAAAAGAUCCGAUCUACACAAUCUUUAGGGAGAAAUGGGCUCCGACGUUUAACAGCUUGGCCCUCUGGCUGGGAUCUAAACCCAUCGAGACAUUUUAUGACAUGAACGGCUGGUAAACGUGAGCAGAUGACCUUCUCAAUUCUCAGUGGUCAGCGUCGAUCACGUCCGAUCCCCUGAAGAUACCGCGGAGACAUUUAGCCCUGCUUUGUGGUACAAAGUACUGCUGGUAGUAAGAUUCCUCCCUCAUGGACUGCUUCUGAGAGCGAGUGGUCCCAUCGUUCUGUGUUUAAACAUCAGCGUUUUUUGUUUUGCCAGAUUAUUGGGGAAUUAUGAGGGGAAAAAUGAAGUGAAACCAGGAAGUUGUGGACAUUUCGCUGAACUGUGGCGUUUUUAAAUAGACAGGCUGGGGGGGUCGUUGACACGGAGGUGACACGUCGUUUUAUUUGAUACCCGUUAACGUUUGAAUCACAUCGACACAAUUUAUAAACCUGGGAUCUGCAUCAGAUAAUUAUUCCCUUUCAUAAAUGAAUGUUUUGAUAUUUUUAUGCUAUGCUUGUAUGCUUCAUUAGACUAUAUAUACGCUAUUGCAAGAGUUAAGAAACAAAAGACACUCGGCAAGGAAACGGCUCUAAAACUAAAACUGAAAUUCAAUCUGAUCCAACUAAUUAAUUAACAAUUAAUGUGGGUUUCUUAUCUGCUUCAGACAGAGAUGAGCUGCGUCUAUUUCCCAUCUAGCUCUAGGUUAAAGACUAAAAACUGAAAUUGUCUCAUAAGGUGACCUCUUCUAAGAAAACUCAAACUACUGUUUGUCCAACUUAAACUAAGGGAUGAAGGUUUAAUGCGUUUUAGAUGACUAGUACCCACCAGCGCCUCCUGCUGGUGUCGUGUCUCCAGGAAAACAAGUAACUAUUUUACCUCUCGGAGCCCAAAUGAACAUGAGAUCUAAAAUACGAAGCAUUCAUCUCAGAGGCGUUGUUUAUUUAAUGCAACCAUUAAACUAGAUUUAUUCUCUGAGUUCAAAGGCAUUAAGUAACCUCUUGUACAUGUUUUGUUACCAAUGAAAGGCCUUUGCUCGGUUUGGAGAGUGUGUAAAAACAUAUCGUGUUUCAUUCGCAGUGUAUUUAAUAUGUAAAUAAGAUGAAACAGAUGAUUAGUUUAUGGGUAAAUGAUCCUGGAGGCUUUAAGUAAGUUAAUUAUUCUAUGUUUGUGUUUAUUAGCAUGUCAGCGUCAUAAUUGUCUAAUACAGGGAACAUAUAUGAUUUACUUGUUUUUUUGCUUUUUUUUCCCCCUUUUGUUUAGUUUAUCUGUGAAAAUAAAAAUCACAAACUUUGGCAAAUCUUAUUUUUAAACAAAUAUCCAGAUAUAGGUUUUUGAGUUCUGCAGAAAUCUUUGAAGUCGUCGGCAUCUUGGAAGAAUUCUCUGGGAAUAUUUUAAUCUGAAUUUAAAUAAAUCUUGCACAUAAGGGUUAAUUUCUCUGUGAAAGUGUAAAUACCCCCCCCCCCCCCCAUGUAAUUAAUAUACGUACCUGCUGACUGUGACAUGUUGCACUACAUUGUACUGAAGUACUACUGCUGUGUGGUUCCUUGACUGUGUUUAUGGUGGAUGGAUGUUUUAUUUUGUAUUUUGUUGAACAAAGUAAAACCUUUUAACCAAGUCUA